CUGCCACUGUGUACUCUCUGUUUAGGGCCAAAUAGCAUUCUAGUUUUCUCUGGUUUUUUUGUCAAUUGUUUCCAAUGUGUCAAGUAAUUACCUUUUUGUUUUCUCAUGAUUUGAUUGGGUCUAAUUGUGCUGCUGUCCUGGGGCUCUAUGGGGUGUGUUUGUCUCUCUCUCUCUCUCUCUCUCACACACACAAAAAGAAAACCCUCUUCAAAUAAUUUCCAUAAAAAAGAGGAAGCAGUCAGAUAAUCACACUACUUAACUCAUAGACAUCCAGAAUGCAUGACCUACAAUAAUCUCAAAUUACAUGGCCAGAUAGGAAACCAUCACCAACUCAAACUCAAAAUAUAGAAAUAACAUAGCAUUGACCUACCGUACAAUAAAAACUACAUAUUUUCACUGCAUGCAAAUACAAAUUAUUACAUGAGGGAAACUAGUAAAAAGAAGGGGAAAAAAGCAACCACCGUUGCACAUGAAAACAGAAUCCUACUCACUACUUCACGUUGUCAUCCGGGAGAACAGAGCAACUGGCUCGCGCGGUAAUGUCCAGAUGCGAUACAGCUUUAGUCAAAUUGAUGUAUAAAAAAAAAUGUUUUCGAAUUUUUGCUAAUCCCAACUCUUUUCCUAACCUUUAACCUAAAUCUCCAAACCUACUUUAAUGCUCCUAACAUACUGCGUAAAUGAUCCUAAACCUGCUACGGCUCAACUCUAACGCAAUCAACGCUAAUCAUGAAUAUAAUCCCAUCAAUCACACAACAUUUUCUUAACUACAUACUGUACUGUCCUUUGAGACAGCCUUAUCACAACUGAUUCGUUCAAAAAAGGUGAGGUACUGACCAAUCAUUAAACAAAUCUAUUUGAAACGGGGCGGGAGGAGGCUUUGUGAAGGUCACGUGUCCAUUUCGCGCGAAAGUGUGUUGAUGUUCUGGUCAUAGCGACUUUGAUCAAGCCUGCAUAUAUACCUCGAUGGCUGAAGCUGCUGAGUUGGAAUUUUAUCGUUCGUCUUUCCUGACCAGAAGAGAAUUGUGUGGUUCUAGAUUUGACAUCAUUAUGUCUCAGGCGCGGGUCACCGAUUUUUACGUCCAGAGAAAGAAAGAUGCUAGUGGGGCUGCGCAUGGUGAUGGCAAUAUAACCCAAGUUGUGGACACUGUAACAAGUCAUCCCAGCACAAUAUCAACUCGGUCGAAAAGCAAGAAUGCAGCAUCUACAACAAAUGUUAUGAUAAAGACUUCAAAAUCCACAUGUUCUGAAAACAGUGUACAAGAGGAGUUUUGGAGGGUUAUUGACGAGGCGACUUCGGUCAAUAAGGUGGAGAGCGUGUCUCCUGUGCUGGCGAGGACUAACUCGGAAAAACAAACCCUUUUCUCCAGCCCUCGUACUCCCAAGAGGACCUCUACAGAUGCUGAGUUCGAUCUUGGAUCAGCUGUAUUUUCAGCCACUGCUGACCAUAAAAUCGCAAAGAAGCGUCUUCGGAUCGAGGCAAGAAAACAUGGCAUCGCUGCAGGGACAAGUCCUGGGCCGGUUAAAGUUGUGAAGAAGGCGGUCAGGAAGAAAUUGAUUCUCUUCGAAGACGACGAAAAGGCAACCCAGCCUCUGGCUAAAGAUGUCCUGCAGGUACCCUAUUCACUACCUGUUGAUAAAGAAUCAAAGAAUUUAGUCAAUUGCAGUGCCAACCAUUCUCCAACGGGCAAACCACAUGUUCAGGGCAGCUCAAAACCAAAAGAGGGGCACAAGACUUUCUCCAAAGAGGAUGUUGCAGCACUCAAGUUCCAACUUCAGAAGAUCAAGGACCAGACACGGAAAGCUGAGAACCUGCCCUCUACGGCCACAGGGUCUACUGCCCCAGACCUGAAGACAAAGCUAGCCCGUGUCAAAGAGCUUGCUGCUAAGGCACAACAUCGGAAGGCGGAGAGGUUGGCAGAGGCCAGAUCUACUGAGGAAAAUAAUUGCCCAAUAACCGAGGAUGGAGAUAAGCUCCCAGCCUAUCAGCGGUACCAUGCUCUUGCCCAGGAUGUUCCCCCUGGCCUCACCCUGCCCUUCAAGUACAAAUUGCUUGCUGGAAUGUUCCGUAGCAUGGACACCAUAGUGGGAAUGCUUUUCAACCGCUCAGAGACUGUUACCUUUGCCAAAGUGAAGCAGGGUGUCCAGGACAUGAUGCACAAGCGUUUUGAAGAGACCCAUGUGGGCCAGAUUAAGACGGUCUUUCCUACUGCCUACCAUUUCCGUCAGGAGAGAAACAUUCCUACCUUCAGUGCUACAGUGAAGAAGUCUAGCUACCAGCUCACAGUGGAGCCUGUCAUUGAAGCUGAUAAGAGCAAGGCAGUGCUGGCAGCUUCCCGCCUGUUAGAGAGGCGACGUAUCUUCCACCAAAACCUAAUCAACAUUGUGAAAGGGCAUCACAAGGCGUUCCUUGCCAAGUUGAAUCCUCCUAUUAGAGUCCCAGAUGACAAGCUUACUCGCUGGCACCCUCGCUUCAAUGUGGAUGAGGUGCCCAAUGUCCUGCCCGGUGAGCUACCCCAGCCCCCACGGGGAGCUGAGAAGCUAACCACUGCCCAGGAGGUUCUGGACAAGGCCCGCUCCACGAUGACCCCCAAGGUGGAGAAAGCACUGGCCAACGUGGUUCUGAAGACCGCAGAGAUGGUCUGUGUAAAAGAGCAAGAGCCUGUUCCACAAACUCCCGUAGCUCCUGCUGAAACUCACAGUGCCCUCAAAGGGGUGUCUCAGUCCCUGCUGGAGAGGAUCCGAGCAAAGCAGGCUCAGAAGCUCCAAGCUGCCUUGACCCGGAACCCUCAGCAGGAGGAGCGCCUUGUGAUGAUGUCACGGCUGGAGGAACUGGCUCGGAUCCUGCGUAACGUCUUUGUGGCAGAGAAGAAACCCGCACUGAUCAUGGAGGUGGCCUGUAACCGGAUGGUCUCUAGUUACCGCUCUGCCAUGAGCAUGGGUGAUAUGGAGCUGCACCUUCGCCUGCUGGCAGAACUGACUUCUGAAUGGCUUACAAUUCACACAAUUAGAAAGGACUUCUAUCUCAAGUUGAACAAGACCAUGGACCUGAAUGUGGUACUGGAGAAGCUGAAGCAGAAGACCAAAGAGGAAGAAAGCCUGUGAAGCUUAAAAGCUAUGAUUUUCAAUGUGUAAUUUGAAUAGAGACAUAUUGUCCUGCUUACGCAUAUAUAUAUAUGUGACUUCAAGUCUUUGAUUAUUGCACAAUGCAUGGCUGGUUUUAAGCAAGUAAAAUAACUUGUACCAAUUCAAUAACAAUGUGUAAUUUUUGUAUAGAUUAACACUGCAAUGAUUUUGUCAAUUUUAACACGGACUCGUUUUGUGGGUGGUUUUACAGUUGUGGGAGACUGUUUCUGGUUGAUUAGGUAGUAUGACACCGUUGUCUUAAUUCUGAAACAAAAACCUUUCUAGUUACCCUUGUCAAAACUGCCUUUUUUGCUUGCACAGAUUUCCAACAAGCAGGUUCUUAUUCUGUAGUGCACAUGUUUCUCCAAUGUGAACAGUUCAUUUUUAUUCUGCAGAAGUUUGAAACAAUUAGCCAGUCAUGGUGAAACAAGUAUACUGACAAAAAUGACUCAUAAUUGCACCAGUACAUAACAGAAGGCAUCUUUAGACAUGGAUACUUAUUGCAUAUAAAUGAGGGCUAGCACAACUAAUGGUUAUAGAUGAAGACAGUAAUGAAAAUAACAGCACAUUGAUGGGUACACGCAGAUGGUCUAUAUUGACAAAGCUGUGACUGCUCAAACAAUAGAAAUGCCAAUAAGGAAGAUACGCGUGCAACAUUAAGUUUCUCAGAAUGCCACAUUUAAAUAAUUUAACCCUUAUUCUACCAGUUAAAUUGGCUGAGAACACAUUCUCAUGUACAGCACCGACUAAGAGGAGAGGUGAAUGAUUAGGUGAUCAUGGUGUGAGGGCCAGAUUGGGAAUUUAGCCAGGCCACCGGGGUUAACACCCAAUUAACGAUAAGUGCCAUGUGCUCUUUAUAGUGACCAGAGUCAGGACACCUGUUUAACAUCCCAUACAAAAGAUGACACCCUACACAGGGCAAUGUCCCCAAUCACUGCCCUGGGGCAUUUUUUAAGACCAGAGGAAAAAGUGCCUCCUGGCCCUCCAAUACCACUUCCAGCAGCAUCUAGUCACCCAUCCAGGGACAACUCUGCUUAGUUUCAGAGGCAAGCCAGCCAGCUGGCACUUCCUUUUGGCAAUUUUUUGUUAUUUCUCUCAUCUACACCUUGUUGAGGGUCAAUAUUUUGAACCAAUGUAAGAAUAAGUGGCUUUUCAAUUGCACAUUGUUAUCAAAGAAGCCUCACGUAAUUUGACAAGA